AUGGAAUUUGAAAUUGAAACUUGUGAUAUCUGCACAAAUAAUAAUUUUAAUCCUAGUGGUAUAUCUGUUCUAAAUAAAGAUGUGAGAUAUAAAGAAUUUUUUAACAACUUUAUGAAACCAAACACCCCUUGUGUCAUAAAAAAUAUUACAGAAGAAUGGGAAGCACACUCUAAGUGGUUAAAUGGACAAAAGACACCAAAUUUAGAUUAUUUGAAAGACAAGUACGGUAAUUGCGAGGUUACUGUUUACAACUGUAAUGAAAAAUAUUUCAAUUCGCAAAAAACAGAAACUUGCAAAUUGGACACAUUUUUAAAUAAUUGGAAUUUCCUUAAAUAUAAAUCAAAGUAUUUGAAAGAUUGGCAUUUGAAAAAUACGUUCAAAGACGACAAUUUUUACACCGUUCCUAUCUAUUUCGCGUCCGACUGGCUAAACGAGUAUUUAACUGAAAAUUCCGAGGAUGAUUAUCGUUUUGUAUAUAUUGGACAAGCCGGAACUUGGACACCUUUCCAUGCUGAUGUUUUUAAUUCCUUCAGUUGGUCGGUAAAUGUAUGUGGUAGGAAAAAAUGGAUUCUUUUCCCACCAGGUGAAGAAAGUUUAUUACGGGAUUCCCUCAAUAAUCUUCCACAUGACAUCAGCGCUAUGAAUCACACUUGUCGACAUUUUGAGGUAAUCCAAAAUGCUGGAGAGGCUAUUUUUGUACCAUCGGGUUGGUUUCACCAAGUAUGGAAUUUGGAAGAUACAAUUUCUAUAAAUCAUAAUUGGGUCAAUGGAUGUAACAUAAUGAAAAUGUGGGACGCGAUCGAUAAUAAUUUAAAAUGUGUGAAAAAAGAAAUAGAAGACUGUUCUGAUAUGGAGGGUUUCCUACAUCACUGUCAAGUUAUGCUCAAAGCUUCAUUUGGAAUGAAUUUUUACAAAUUUUAUGAUUUUCUUAAAUUUAUUGCCUUAAAGAGACUGGCACAAGUGCACAAAAAGAAAAAAGAAGAACUUUUUCACGGACAUAUUUUGGGUUUAAAUCACGCCUUUUUCGAUUUACAAUCUGUAAAAACGGUUUUGGAAAUGUUCUGCCAACACUGUGAUAUCACGGAAUUAUUUGGAGCAAAGAUUUUGGAAAUGAAAAAAAUAAUUGAUGAAAUUGCAUAAGAAAAACAAAACAAUAUUUAUUAAAAUAAAAAAAAUCAAUAUUUAGACUUAUUAA